ACAGUACCCUGUACUCUGUAUUACUAAUGUAUAUUACUGAAGUACUAUUUGUUGUACUGUAUUUAAAUUAGAUUAAUGGCUAUUCUUAUAAGUUAGAAACAUGAAGGAUGUUUACAUGCAAAACUUUUCUUUUACAGAGUUUAAACUGACUGGCUUUUAUUCUUUGGGGGAAUGGAGACCUUUCCUCUUCAUUCCAUUUUUUCUGAUGUUUGUGUUGUCUAUCAUAGGAAAUUCUGUGCUGCUGUAUGUAAUAAUAGCGAACAGGGCUCUGCAUUCUCCAAUGUUUGUACUGAUUGGACUCAUGGCAGUUGUGGAUUUGGGUGGCCCUAUGAUUUUUGUGCCUCAGAUGUUGUUUAGUUUUUUAUUUGACUGGAAUGGGAUUUCUCUGCCGAGUUGUUUAAUACAGAUGUUUUGUGUCCAUUAUUCUGGAUCAUGCCAGUGUACUCUGUUGUUAUGUAUGGCCCUGGAUCGUUACUUUGCGAUAUGCAGACCGUUGUUUUACCAUAAACACAUGGAACUUUCUAAUAUUUUAAAGUAUAUGAUCGUGCCAUUAAUCAGAAAUGUUGUCUUAAUUACUGCAGUAGUCUGUCUAGCUAGCAGACGGUCUUACUGUUCAACAAAUGUGAUAGAUCACUGUUUUUGUGAGCAUAUGGCACUGGUUAACUUGGCAUGUGAUGAUAUUUCUUUUAACAAUUUGGUUGGACUUUUGGCUGCUUUCUUAGUACCAACGGUUGAUUUUGCUUUCAUUACCUUGUCCUAUAUAAUAAUAUUCGUCUCUGUUCUAAAAUCUGGAAAGACCCAUUUGAAGGCCAUGAAUACGUGUAUAACUCAUAUAAUUGUCAUCACAUUUACUAUAGCUUUCGCCUUAAUGGCUUUCAUGUCCUACAGAAUGACCAAUGGUUUCUCUUCAAAUAGUCGUAUCUUUAUUAGUACAAUGUAUGUGCUGUUUCCAAGCUGCUGCAACCCAAUCAUUUAUGGAUUGAGAACAAAAGAAAUAAGACAUCAAAUUUUAAAAUUAAUAAAACAAUUAAAGGUCUUACCCUUGUAACAUUAUAACGUAGUAUAAACGACUGCAGCUGGAAAUGUUAUUUUAACAUGAACAUGAACACAAGUGUUGAUUUUUUUCUGUUUUGAAUGUUUAAAUCUCUGUAAUUGAAUAGUUAAUGUAUGGAUAUAAUUGUGUAAAUGCUAAUAUGUAAUAUAUACUGAUCUGUAUAUGACUACACCAAACGUCUGUAGUAAACUUUUUUUAAAUCUAAAAAAGACUGUAUAUUUUGAAAAAGUUGCAUUAACUUCCUGUGUUGGCUCCAUAAAAUAUGUUGGCAUAUAUUUAGUAAUUUUCAAUAGUCCAAAAAGUCAUUUUUUUAUGUAUAAUUAUUAUUAUUAUUUGCCUUAAUGAGCCCUACUGUUUAAUAGAAUUGUGUCUGCACAAUAGUAGGGGGAAAAAAACAUGAAAAUACUGUUUAUCAAAUAUUGGGGCAAAAUAUAAAACACUGGUCCGAUAUAAUCCUAUGACAUGACUAGUGUGUAUGCGCAUAUUGAAAUGCUGAUACUGAAACAGUGUAUUGUGUAGCCCUAAGUAAAAUAAUUAAAAAGAAAGAUUUUUUGAGAAGAUAUGCUGUGAAAAAGCAAAAAGCAUCAUACACCAAUUUGUGCUGAGAAGGAACUGUGCCUAUGAGAGCUAUACAAAGCAUACAAAAGCAAGUGUUAAUAUAUUAAAUAAAUAAAAAAUAGGUUAAGCAGACAUUUGGAAAGUAAACUUGUCUAAGAGUGAAUUUGAUAUGGACAUGUUUUUUUUAGAUGUAUACAUAUUUGGACUCCUCAAAACUUGUCCCAACCAUCAGUAGCUAAAGACCCUUCUAUGUAUCCUGCUUAUUGGUGUUUGCAAGUAGUAGUUUCUUUAGUUUAUAACAUAAUUAACAAGUUGCAGUUAACAGGAAUUGUAAGUUUGGAAGUCCAAGAAAACAUUCAGAGAAAAGUGCAAGUUGUGUAGAAAACCAGACAAACCAUUUUUGAAUGUAUUCAGGAAGAUUUUGAAGCUGAAUUGUACUGUGCACUGACACCUCGACAUAUAUGGCCUUCAUGAAAGAAUCAUAAAAUUAAAACUUUUCUUGUCUCCUCACAAUAAUUGAGUUUCAAAAGCAUUAGGCAUUUUACAAACAGGUCAUAUGGGAUAAUGAAGAAUUUAACAUUGUAAGGUGUUAUGACCCCUGGUCGUAUUUAUUUUCCUUGUGUGCUCUCUGUGCUGUUUGUGUUUAGUUUUUAGUUGCAGGACCAUGAUUGGCCACUAGGGGCACACUCUAUAAAGAGAAAACACAGCCUGAGAGAGAUGUUCAGGGCUACUUCCCUUUCCUGACCUGGAUCAACUUCCUGCUCAGACCAACCCGGCAUCUCCAGUUUGUAUUCUGUUUGUUGUUUUAGUUUAUGUUGCGGUUUACAUUUUUCUUUGAGUAAAGUAGGGGCGGAGUGCCAUUUUGUUUUACUACCUUUAUUUUGUUUUGGUGACAGGGAGUUGGGGUAGUUUGUGUAUUUUCUUUAUUUGGCAGGUUCAGUUAGUUGUCUUUGUUUGUUAGUUGGUUUUAUUUGUUAUUUUGGCAUAUGCUCACC